CCGCUUCAGCUUCAGUGCUUCACCUUUGGUUUCUUUCCUUCACAGAAGAAAAUCUGUUUGCGAUGAAGAACAAAGAUUGACACAUGUAAUACUAUCGUAUAAAAGAUGAAACUUAUGAGUUCAGCGAGAGGAGCCAAUGAAGAUAAGGUGUCUAAUGAGUUUUUUUAAUACGACUCUAUUGAAACAUAUGGAAUUCGUGAGCGUUUGUGAUUCUUGAAGGGAAACGGUGGAUGAUUCCUGAACUCCCUUUUAGUUCUUAGAAUUACUGUUCAACUUAUCUAGAUUCGGUCAUGGAACGAUUGAGUAUUUGAAUUCAACUGGCCAAAUAGCUUGACGAUCGUCUCUUGCUUCUCUCUAGGGCUUCGGCCGCUUGGAGUUUUUUUCCGUCUUCGAUUUUAAUCGAAGGAUGGCCGCUUUUUCCGUCUUCGAUUUUAAUCGAAGGACGGCCGCUAUUUCCGUCUUCGAUUUUAAUCGAAGGACGGCUGUUGUUGUUUGUGCUUCAUACUCGAAGGGCGGAUUUGCUGCUAUGGCUCGAGGAGAUCGGCAUUGUGAUCAAGGUUCGAGGAUGAUGUAUUGCUGUCGUCGUUGGAGAAGAUCGGCGCCGCCUAUCCGUUUACUCUGGUUGCAUGAAGCAGGGAUGAGUUUGGUUAUGCAGGGACGGAGGAUUGAUGCAUGGCCUUUGGCAGACAAAGGUCACAGAGUAUCAAUUAGCAUGGUACCGGUGGUAAGACCUCCUCCUGAACCACCACCAUGGGAUGUACGAGGUGCUAGAGUUCGUGAACGCUUUUCUUGUAGUUUUUAUCUGUUUGUUAUUUGUUUUCUUGUGUCCACUUUUGUUGUUGGUUUUGACAGUUUGUUUGAGUUUUUUGCCUCUCUUUAUGUCAUUGGGUAUGGUUGGAUCUAUGGAAAUAGGUUUGGCUGUGUCAAGCCCACUACAUGGUUAGCGAUUCGUGUUGCUCUCUCAGGGGUGACCGUGUCAAAGUCUCAACAUAGAGUUACAGUCGUAGUUGUUGAAGUUUCAGUUGGUGUCAGUUUUAUUUUCCUUUUGCUUGAUGUAAUGAUCGUGAAUCUUUUGAUAUGAAUAGAGGCCCG